AAAUUUCUGUUUGUUGACUUUCUUAACUCCAUCUGCUGAUCAAGAUAAUGUCCUAUAAUCAAAAUGUCCGGAGUAGCUACUAAUUGGCCCUCUAGGUACAAAGGUACGUUGUCAUACUGUGCUGUAUUUUUACACUUUGGCUAUUGUACAAAUUAAACAAACGAAAUAUAAUGUGUUAAUAAAUUAUCUUUGGAGGUGCUUGCAGGCAGAUUUCCCUGUUUCCAGUCUGAGCUGAGCCUAGUUGAACUAUUCCCUUAAGACGGUGAAAACUGGCUGCUGAGAAUUGCUUCCAGUUUGGUGUUCACAAGUUGCUCAUGUGCCUCUUUCAUCAGGAUUAGGCCCUCCUCUGAUAAAGUAAAGUAGAUCUGUGUUGGUUGGAUGAUGCGCUUCUGACUUGGAUUAACGCGCGGUGAUAAAGGGCGAUUCUGCGCACUUGGAAAAAUUAUGUAAGGUUGUCCAGACGUCUUACACUGCAGUAUUUCCCUCAGCCAUGAAGUCUGUGCUGGAUGGUGUGGCAGACACCACCUUCCGGACUAUUACAUCUGGUUUACAGUAUCUGGGCUCCAACGAUGCUAACUAUGACGACCCCACCAAUAAUGUAGACUUCAAAGGCAGCUUCUCUCUGCAGAAGCCCCUGUCUGCUUUCCGCAGCAACUCCUUCCCAAACAAAGUACCUCCAGAUGAGGAGCUCAUCCUCAAGGGCAUCCCCUUCUACCCCACCAACGCCACAGACUUGUUUGGCAACAGGAGCACAUUCAGAGAUGAGACUGAAAAUAUACAAUGUGGGGAGAACUUUAUGGACAUGGAGUGUUUCAUGAUCCUGACUCCCAGCCAGCAGCUGGCUGUGGCUGUGAUGUCUCUGACUCUGGGUACCUUCACGGUGCUGGAGAACCUAGUGGUGCUCUGCGUCAUUCUGCAGUCCCGCACCCUCCGCUGCCGGCCGUCCUACCACUUCAUCGGCAGCCUGGCUGUGGCUGACCUGCUGGGCAGUGUCAUCUUUGUCUACAGCUUUCUGGACUUCCAUGUUUUCCACAGGAAGGACAGCCCUAAUGUUUUUCUCUUCAAGCUGGGUGGAGUCACAGCAUCGUUCACAGCGUCUGUGGGAAGCCUUUUCCUCACAGCUAUUGACCGCUACAUCUCCAUACACCGGCCUCUCGCCUACAGGCGCAUUGUGACACGGACCAAGGCUGUCAUAGCCUUUUGUAUGAUGUGGACCAUCUCCAUCAUCAUCGCAGUGCUACCUCUGCUGGGCUGGAACUGUAAACGUCUCAAUUCUGUUUGCUCAGACAUAUUCCCUCUAAUUGACGAGAACUACCUGAUGUUCUGGAUCGGUGUAACCAGUGUGCUGGUUCUUUUCAUCAUCUACGCCUACAUAUACAUCCUGUGGAAAGCACACCACCAUGCUGUGCGCAUGCUGAGCCGGGCCUCCCAGAAGAGCCUUGUUGUUUACUCAGCAGAUGGGACUAAAGUGCAGACCACGCGCCCCGAGCAGGCACGCAUGGACAUCCGCCUGGCCAAGACCCUGGUGCUCAUCUUGGUGGUGCUGGUCAUCUGCUGGGGGCCGCUGCUCGCCAUCAUGGUCUAUGACCUCUUCUGGAAGAUGGACGAUGACAUCAAGACAGUAUUUGCAUUCUGCAGCAUGCUCUGCCUGCUCAACUCCACCGUCAACCCCAUCAUUUACGCCUUGAGGAGCAAGGACCUGCGGCACGCCUUCCUCAGCUCCUGUCAUGCCUGCAGGGGCAGUGCCCAGCAGUUGGACAAUAGCCUCGAGUCAGACUGCCAGAACAGACAUGCCAACAUUUCUGCCAACAGGGCUGCAGAGAGCUGCGUGAAGACCACUGUGAAAAUAGCCAAAGUAACAAUGUCUGUGUCAACUGAAACUUCUGCAGAAGCUGUCUAAUUGGCUGUCACAGGGGAAACUGUGUAAAUGUCAUCCUCCCCAAACAAUGCCAUUCAACAAAACAAAGCAGAAGUUAGGUGUUCCAUAGAAAAAAACCCUCUCAUGAAAGUAUUGACUUACAUCCUCACAACAUAGACGCUUUAGUGGUUGCAUUAUUUUACGUUCGUGUGUGAGUACAUAGUGUGCCAAAGUGCCAAAUGGUAUUGCAAGGUCAUAGAAAGGACUCACAGUUUGAAAGGAUUAUCAAAGACUAUCCUAAGUCUGCUGUUUACCAUAGACUUCAUGAUAUCCAAUUAGUGAAAGCAUAUUAUAUUUUUGUACUGUGAAUUCAGGUUUUGAAAACAAUAUAUCUUCAUUUAUGGGAAAAGGGGCUACUGACAUUUUUAAUUAGAGAUGUUUUACUGUGUCAUUUAGACUUCAACAUGUGUCUUGCACCAUAAAUAUAACAAAUCCUUGCGCCUUGACUUUCUACAGGCUUAAUGUACAUGUUGCGUAUAGACAUUUCUAUAAGCAAAUGAUGGAGAAAAAAAAAGCUCAAAUGACUCUGAUUGUUUCCAAAAUUGUCAUUUAUCAUGUCACUUUUGUACUUCUUCUGACAACACUCCGUGAGUGGCAAAUGUGUGAAGAGAUUUUGAGGAAUGAGAGGUGAUUCAUGAAAAAAAAAAAAAAAAAACUACAGGAAACAAAAAGUAUUUAUCACCAUCACAAAAUAAACUCUAAUGAGAUGGAGGUAAAUUAAUUCACAGCUUAUGAGUGUGUGAAACCUGAAAUGGCAUUUUCUGUGGCAGAGUGACGAUCGUCCCUGUUGUCCAUUCCUUUACUCGCUAGCUGUUAGACCUUUAGAGUGACGUGUCUUUGUUCAAAUGUAUACCUAACAACUGUACAGUGUUUUCUUGCAAAAUAAAGUGUUCAAGUCGACUCAUUCAGCUACACAUCCAACACAACAACAGCAACAACAACAACAAUAACAACAAGCUUUUGGCUAAAGCUUGAACACAUUCAUUGAACCUGAAUUUGGACACAGUGUGCUGGUCACUACUGUAACAAACUGAAGUGGUUCCUGACUAUAGCUGCUUUCAUCAAAUGUAUGAUUUUACUGGAUUCAACCUUGUAUGUAUGUGGUACCUUGUGACUUGGUGAUAUAUUUCCAAACCCCCCAAAGCCUUUUGAUCAUUGCAGUGAGUUGUUUUUAGUGCUACUGUUGCAGCGGGGAAUCAUUUCGGAAAAACAAAAGCAACCCAUGCACAGGCCUAGUGAAGUACUUCUGGCGUAACUCUAAAUAAAAAUAUGUCUGCUGUUAAUUUUUACUUAUCUAAACAAAGACAUGAGGGUCUUUUCAGCUGGUAACCUGAAUGGAAGUUUGUGUGUAUGCUGCAUUGUGUGGAGACUCAACAACUGACCUUAAAGAAGAAUUUGAGAAGAUGUGAUUUUUCUAAUAGGUGAUGUAGUACUUUUAAUCUAGAAAAUCUCACAGCACAAUUGUUCUGUAGACAUUUAUCUUGGUGUAAAGUUAUCCAGACAGCUGUUUAUCAGUAUGCUUUGCUGCCUCUUGUAUUAUUGAGUAUUGAAGAUCAAAAUGUCAACUGUCAAGUGGCUUCUGUACAGUGGUGGCAUAAUGAGGAAUCUAUGACUCUUAAAAAUCACAAUCAGUCAAGUGUUUUUAGUAUUGCUGUUUUCAAACUUUCCAAUAAAGUCACAGCUGGUUGUCA